AUGGGUAUAAGAUUUCUUGAAUUCGUCGAAUCAUUUGAUCAACUUAUACUCGUAAUUCAGAGACCUGAUCGUAAAAUUCAAUUUCGUGAUAAAAUUCUAUGCACAGCUGUAGUCUUAGUUAUACUUUCCAGUUAUGGUAAAAUGCCACUUUUUGGUAUUUUAUCAUCCACUGCAACUGAUCCAUUCGCUCGGACGCGAGUUUUUUAUGCCUCAAAUCCUGCUACAUUAAUGGAAUUAGGGAUUGCGCUAACAGCUUUUUUACCCAUAGUUACAUCAGGCCGCAUUAUGCAAUCAUUAGCUGCUGCAAGAAUAAUUGAAGUUGGUGAUACACCCAAAGAUCGUGCUCUAUUUAAUAAUGCACAAAACCUUUUUGCAAUGUUUAUUGCUAUUGGACAAGCUAUUCUGUAUGGUAAUCCAUUGGAAAUCGGUAAUGUUACUUGUCUUUUAAUUAUAAUUCAAUUAUUUGUUGCUAAUCUUAUUCUUAUAUUAUUUCAUGAGUUACUCGAAAAAGGCUAUGGCCUUGGUUCUGGUAUACCAUUAUUUAUUGCAGCAAAUACUUGUGAAACAAUUGUUUGGAAAGCAUUUAGUCCAGUCACAAUUAAUACUAAAAAUGGUGCUGAAGUUGAAGGUGCUAUUAUUGCUUUCUUUGAUUUAUCAAUAGCAGGAAAUAGUAUACGCGAUGCAUUAUACGAAGUAUUUUUUCGUCAAAAUUUACCUAAUUUAAUGAAUUUACUCUCAACUGUGCUCGUUUUUGCUGUUGCUAUUUACUUUCAAAAUUUUCGUGUUGAUUUACCAAUAAAAUCAGCUCGCUAUCGUGGUCAAUCAUCAACAUUUCCGAUAAAAUUAUUUUAUACAUCAUACAUGCCACUUGAGCUUCAAUCGACACUUGUUUUAAAUUUAUUUUUCGUGACACAAAUAUUAUCAAGAAAAUUUUCAGGAAAUUUUAUUGUUGAUUUAUUAGGAGUUUGGACUGACAAUGACCAUCAACGUUCGAAUCCUAUCGGCGGUUUAUGUUACUCUUUGUCACCGCCAGAAUCAUUUCGAGCUAUGUUACUAGAUCCGAUACAUGGUACGCUUUAUAUUACAUUUAUGCUUGGUUCAUGUGCAUUUUUCUCGAAAAUAUGGGCUGACAUAUCAGGCUCAAGUCCCAGAGAUGUUGCUAAACAAUUAAAAGAACAGCAAAUGGUUAUGCACAGCCAUCGUGAGAUAUCAAUGAUUCAUGCACUUGGUCGAUAUAUUCCAACAGCAGCUUCUUUUGGUGGUUUAUGUGUUGGUGCACUAUCAAUAUUAGCCGAUUUACUGGGUGUGAUUGGUUCAGGUUUCAGUAUUUUAUUGGUUACGACUGUUAUUUAUCAAUACUUUGAAAUAUUUGUCAAAGAACAGAAUGAAUGA